AAAUGAUCUGUGGGGUAUUUUGAGCUGAAACUUCACAGAUACAUUCUGGGGACACCAGAGACUUAUAUUACAUCUUGUAAAAGGGGCAUUAUAGGUCCCCUUUAAGUGGUCCCAUUACAACAUGUCACAGUCAGUUCUUCAAAACUCUGUAGAAACACUCCUUCAGAGAUUUCCUAAGGUUAGUCAUUCAGACUCUACCCUUAAUAACCAGCUGUGAGAGCACACAGAUGAUUUACCGCCAAAUAGCUGUUCACUGGAACAGCACUGUGGCUGUGUUUUGGUAGUGUCACUAUUUUCAGCAGCAUUCCUCAACACAUUGGUGGUCCAGCGACAGCCCCCUUCACAGACCCCCAUCCUUCCCAACCCAGAGUCUGUGAGGCAAGCUACACUAAAACAGAGCGAGAGAGAGAGAGAGAGAGAGAGACUCGACUCUGGCCACACGCUGACAUGCUUUAAAAAGAGAGAGAGAGAGUGGAGAAAGGGAACGUCAGAGUGCGGAGAAGGAGGGAGGGAGCACUCUCUUUUGGAGGAGAAGAAAAGUGAGGGAAGCGCACAGAGGCAGAGGUACCCAGGAAUAGAGGAAACAAAAGAGGGACUGGGGUUUUUUAUAAAUGGACAUGGAGGAUUCUGCCGGAGGAGCUCGUAAAGCCACCAAGAGUAAACUGUUUGAGUUUCUCGUCCAUGGAGUGCGUCCAGGGAUGACUUCAGGGGCACGGAUGCCCCAUCAAGGAGCUCCCAUGGGGCCUCCUGGACCUCCAUAUGGAGGAACACCGCCAAUUCGACCAGGGAUGCCUAACCCAGCCCUAGACCCCAACCGAAAACGUCCAGCCCCAACCCAGCCCGUGCAACCUCCCCCUGUUCAGAACCGUCCCAGAAAGAAACCACUUGGAUUUCCAGCAACAAAUGAGAUAUCUGCGAGACAGAUGGACAUGAGAGAAGCCCAGUCAGAUCCUGCAAUUGGAUCCAAUGCCAAGAGAAGAAAAAUGGCAGACAAGAUUCUCCCUCAGAGGAUCCGUGAACUGGUGCCAGAGUCCCAGGCGUACAUGGACCUCCUGGCUUUUGAGCGCAAACUUGACCAAACCAUUAUGAGGAAGAGGGUGGAUAUACAGGAAGCCCUCAAAAGACCAAUGAAGCAAAAGCGGAAGCUACGCUUGUACAUUUCAAACACUUUCAACCCUGCCAAACCUGACGCAGAGGACUCGGAGGGCAGCAUUGCAUCAUGGGAGCUGCGUGUAGAGGGCAAGUUAUUGGAUGAUCCUGGAAAACAAAAGAGGAAGUUUUCGUCUUUCUUUAAAAGCCUUGUUAUUGAGCUGGACAAGGAUCUGUACGGCCCUGAUAACCACUUAGUGGAGUGGCACCGCACCCCUACAACCCAAGAGACAGACGGCUUCCAGGUGAAGAGGCCCGGCGAUGUGAAUGUGCGCUGUACCCUCUUGCUCAUGCUGGAUUACCAGCCUCCUCAGUUUAAGCUGGAUCCUCGCCUCGCACGUCUCCUUGGCAUCCACACUCAAACCCGCUCCUGCAUCAUCCAGGCAUUAUGGCAGUACGUCAAGACCAACAAGAUGCAGGAUUCUCAUGAAAAGGAGUACAUCAACUGUGAUAAAUAUUUCCAGCAGAUCUUCGACUGUCCUCGUCUAAAGUUCUGUGAGAUCCCUCAGCGACUAACCAACCUGCUGCUGCCGCCUGAUCCUAUUGUGAUCAAUCAUGUUAUCAGUGUGGAUCCAAAUGACCAGAAGAAGACAGCCUGCUAUGACAUUGAUGUUGAAGUUGAUGAUCCUCUUAAGAGUCAGAUGAAUGGAUUCCUGCUGUCCACAGCCAAUCAACAAGAGAUUGCAUCCCUAGACAACAAGAUCCAUGAAACUAUCGAGUCCAUCAACCAACUUAAGAUUCAAAGAGAUUUCAUGCUCAGCUUUUCCAGAGACCCCAAGGGCUACAUCCAGGACUGGAUCUGCUCCCAGAACCGGGAUCUUAAGCUGAUGACAGAUACAGUUGGAAAUCCAGAAGAAGAGAGGAGAGCAGAGUUUUAUAACCAGCCCUGGUCUCAGGAAGCUGUCAGUCGCUAUUUCUAUUGCAAGAUUCAACAACGAAGACAGGAGCUUGAACAGGCUUUAGCAAUGCGAACCACUUAAAACUCAACUAGUCUGUUUCUCCUGUGGCUUGGUCUCCACACUGGCAGUUUUCAAUGGACAUGAAAGUAUUAGACCCCUUCUCAGUAUGGAGGUUUGGACUAAUUUUAACCAAUGAGGCUGUAAUGAGAGUCAAUGAAAAGUGUAAUGUACUCUUAUUUGAUGUAUGUUUAAUGUACAGUUUAAUGUAUAUAACCUCACAGUACAAUGAAUUUAAGAAUGUGGCUUGAGAAUGACACUUUUUAUGCUGAUUACACACAAGUACAGCAGCUAUUGUAAUUGUGUUUAUCAGUUUUUUGAUGCACAUGAAGUGCAGGUAUGCUACUGUGUGUCUUUUCACUUGGAAAGGUAAAAAAUACAAUGAAUGAAACUUUAUGAUGCCUGAAACUUUUUUAACCAUUAAUGACAUGCUAAAUGUUAAUAUGUAAGUACACAUAUUGAAUCUGUCAUGUUUUUUCUACAUGUUUGAAUAUUGCGUCACAUUCUGCUUGCAGCUUUCCUCUGUGUUUUUUCUGUAAAUUUGCACUGUGCAAAAAGAGAUCAUGAAGAAAUCCACUGGAUUAAGAUAAGCAAGCUAACUUUAUUUGCAAUAAGUGACAUUUAUUGUCACAAUUUUGAUACGUUCUACAUAUGGAAAUUAACACUAAAAAUCAAUGCUAAGAUACGGCAAAUCAUUCUGAUUUGUGACCACUUCUUAACGAUACAGAUUUUUGUGUAUUGUUAAAGACUCUAAAAUGAUGCUCUUUAUAAAUGAUGGUUGAAAAUGUCUUCAUUUUCAGAGACUUUAAAUGCCAGUAAAACAAAAUGUGUUCUAAAUAUAUUGUGUGUUGAAAAAUACAACAAUGCAUGUUGCAUGUGAAUAUUUUUGUUUUUUAAGGUUUUUUUUUUUUUUUUAGCAUGAUUCAGAAAUGUUUUUGAUCUUUGUUGCCUUAUUAAAUCAACGAGAUGCACAGGAAGCAUUAACCAAAGGUUAAGUACAGUUACAUCAUCUUUGUGAAUGCCAAUAAAUUACUUAAUUUUACUGAAUAUUCCAUCACAUAAGUGAUGGCAUUUGUAUUCCUGUGGCCUGAGGUGUGCUUGCUGCACAAGUGUAACAGAUGAGAACUAAAUCUGAUAUACAUGAAUGUUAAAAGGCGUUCAUAUUCAGAGGCAUUGGCCCUUUACCUUUUUACAAGACAUUCUUACUGUGUUAUGUAUUUUAUUUAAAUAAAGGUGCAGUGUGUCUAAAGGACAUUUUUGAAGAAGAUUAAUAAAAUAAAUAAAAUCAUGAUCAUUAUUUUCCAUGA